UUAAAAACGGGAAUGUAUUUCUUGCUGGAGACAUCAUGCAUCUUUUUUGUGUUAUAACUUUUAGUGGUGUUCAGUUGAAUUUUCGCGUAAAUUUUAAACGGUGCUGAUGUAAAUAAAAAUGUAAAAAUAUGUGCCAAAAACAAAAAAUAUGUCUUUAAAAGUUGGGUUUUGCUCUGUUCUGGGUGAAGAGAUGCUAGAAAAGUUAAAAUCGAAGAAUAUUUCCAAAAUUGCAGAAUUUAUUUGCAAAGAUCCGGAAGAUAUUGCUCAGUUGACAGGAAUUCAGUACAAGGAUAUUGUAUGUAUAAGGAAUGUUAUUCUGGCCAAAUAUAGUAGUAUAACAGUGAAUGGAAGUGAGUUCUAUAACAGUGUUGUUCAAUCAACUACCAUCUUAACAACAGGGAUAAAAAGACUGGACAAUGUUUUAGAUGGUGGACUGUAUACGGGUGAAGUAACAGAAAUGGCUGGGGAUGUUGCUGCAGGAAAGACACAGGUAUUAUUCAGUGUUUGUGCAGCAACAGCCAAGCAAGCCAAUCAAACAGUAGUUUAUAUUGACACUGGUGCUGUCUUUUCAGCUAGUCGUGUUCUUCAAAUGAUUCCAAAUAACUCUUCUAUAAAGGAAGAUAUUCUAUCAAGGAUACAUGUAUACGAUGCUUUCACUAUACAUGAUGUAUUUGGGGUACUGGACAGUAUUGAGGGUAGUAUACAGGCAGCAAGUGACCCUUUUUACAGUAAACUCAAGUUAGUCAUAGUGGACAAUAUAGCCUCAGUUGUUUACCCAUUUCUUGGAGGAAGUUCUUUCUCAGAGAGUCAAGGGUUGCUUUCACUACUUGGACAGAAAUUAAAAUCCCUGGCUGUAGAAUACUCUGUUGCUGUAAUGAUCACAAACAAUGUUGUGAAAGGUGAUCAAGGAACUAGGACAGCAUCUCUAGGUCGACUAUGGUCUCACAUCCCCCAUGUUAGAAUGAUUGUAACACAUACAGAUCAGUAUGGAGGCAGUACAAGAAAUGUUACAGUUGUAAAGAAUUCUAGAGGGGGAUGCAGUGUCUGUGGAGAGCUUAAUAUUGGGGAUAAUGGUCCCAUCACUUGAUGCCCAAUGACUAGUCACUACAGAAUUUAUUGUUUACAGUUGUACUACCUUUACAGUACACAUAAAUUAUGAUCAUUGAACGUUGGAAGACUCCACAUGAUUUUGAAGAUUGAUAUUACAUUAUAUCUAGUUUAAAAACAUUAAAAACAGAAAUGAGCAAUUUAUUGGUGAAAGAAAUGAAUAAUGGUCGCCUGGUAUGAUAUAAAUUGGGUACCCCAUGGUGGUUAAAGACAUGAUACAAAAUGGACUGCAUGUAAUUUGUAUUGCAUUAUAUGUGUUUUAUGUCUUGAAAAUUUGGAAAACAAAGGAAACGUUUCAUUCUGGUUUCUUAUAUGAUUUUAUGUAUAUAAAUAACAAAGAGAUGCUUUCCUGACAUUGGAUAAGAACAUGAAAAUACCAUGAUAGGACAGUUUUUUUGCAUUUUGUAUAGUUUACAUGUAUUUUGCCAGUUUAUGAUACACAUAUCCAUCAAUGGACUUAAGCACUUGAAGAGAAGGAAAGCAAAAUCUAACUUUCUGUUUGAUCUUAAAUGAAAUGAAUGGCAUUUAUACUUCAUGUGAUAUGAGAUCAUCUGUGCUUUAUGUGGCAUGAGAUCAUCUGUGCUUUAUGUGGCAUGAGAUCAUCUGUGCUUUAUGUGACAUGAGAUCAUCAUUCUGUGCUUUAUGUGAUAUAAAAUUAUUUGUGUUUUAUGUGAAAUAACAGUUUGAGUUCACCCCACCCAGCCAGGCAUGAAAUAUUUAUGAAGGGAUAUCUUGUGGGCUCCUUAUGUUGCACAUAUCAUUACCUUGUGAUUCUCUAUGAAAGCCAUAUACAUGGACAUUUAAAUCAUACCCCGGGAUUUAAAAUUGGGUCCUACCCUUUGGUUCACUUAAUUUAGUUUAUAUAGACUUAUAUUGAAAAACAUAAUAAUUCAGAUCUUCUUAGCUGAAACUCCAUAGCUUUGCCAAAGCCUUUGGCUUACAUUAAUUCUCUACUUAAAUUUAUAUAUGAACUAUGAUCCAGUCUUCAAAUAGUGACCUUGCCUCAAUAUUACCCCAUUAUCUACUUUUGGAUUGAAGAAUUUUUACCUUUUUUAACAAUGGAUCUCAGGUGAGCGAUGAAGGCCAUGAUGUGUUCAAGAAUUACUGUAGAUUUUUAUGUAAAAUAUGAAUUUUUAAUCUGUUACAAUAUGCAAUAGUUGAGCAUUUGUUUGUCUUUUUUCUUGUUCUUGCUUUUGAUUAUAAAAUUAGUAUAAUUAUUAAUUAUAGUUAUUUCUUAGUUUUACUUUUGUUUACUUUCCAACAGGUACAGUGUAUAUAUAG